AUGCGUCCGGUCGUGCGCGAGGACGACAACGACGACGACGACGACGACGAAGACGACGACGAGAGCGAGAGGGCCGAUCGCCGCGCGGCGAGAUCGAAAGCGAAAGCGAAAGCCGACGUCGCGCCGCGAAGGAAGAAGAAGCAGCUGUGGGAGCCGACGGACGACGCGCGCGCGAACGGCGACGGCGGCGACGGGAAGUGGGCGCACGACGGGUACGCGGAGCUCAUGCGCGACCUCGCGAUCGAGGAGGCGCGCGGCGGCGGCGGCGGCGACGACGAUUCGAAGACGAAGACGAAGACGAAAUCGAAAUCGAAAUCGAAAUCGAAAUCGAAUUCGAAUUCGAAUUCGCUCGCGCGUUGGACGUCUUCCGAGGAGGAAGAAUCGUCCGAGGGAUCCGAGGCGGAGGAUGCGGCGGUCGCGGCGGCGGCGGUCGCGGCGGCGCGGGCGCGCGCGGGGGACGACCGCGCGCGCGCCCGCGCCCGCGCGGCGUCUCAUGGAACGGGCGCGAAAGCCGUCGCCGUCGCCGCGGCGGGAGAGCGAGAGACCCCCGCGCUGCGGCGACCCGAGCGUCAGUGGCUGGACAGCUCCACGUACGAAGCCCCCGAUCGGCGCGAGCGUCGGUGGUUGAACAGCUCCACGUACGAAGCCCCCGAUCGUCGCCGUCGCGACGUUCGAGACGUCGACGGCGGCGGCGGCGGCGGGCGCGGACGGGGGCGCGGACGCGGACGCGGACGCGGAGGACGCGGGGACGACAGAGCGGGUGGACCCGGACGCGGCGGUGGCCGGCACGCGCCGCUUCACGUUCGCUCCUCCGUGGUCGUACUCCACCUCGCCCCCACCGUCGUGGUACCCCCCCCCGGCGCCGCCCCCCCCGCGCCGCCGCCGCCGCCGACGACGACGGCGCCGCCGAAAAAGCAGCGCGCGGCCGCGUCGACGCGGCAGCCGCGGCGCGACGCGAACGCCGCCGCCGGGGGGUACUACGACUACGAGUACGAGUACGAGUACGACUACCACGGCGCGCAACAGCAGCGGCAACAACACGCGUACGACUACUACGCCUCGGGUCACGAGACCGCGAACGACGCCUACGCCGGGUACCAUCACGCGGCGUACGGGAACCAGUCUCAUCAGGCGUACGCGUAUCAGGUGGUGUACGUCCCCGUGCCGACGGGGCACGUGAAUCAUCACAACGCGGCGGCGGCGACUGCGGCGGCGCCGCCGGCGCGACGCGAACGGCGACCGAUCGAGAUCAGAGACCCGAAGGACGUCGGGGAGGGAAAAACGCAAACGCGGCGCGCGAACGGCGGCGACGAGGAGGGCGCGAAGGUGAGGCGGUACAUCGCCGCGCGCGAGGCGGCCGCGCCGGCGUCUUGA